AUGCCUGUCUUUGCAGACUAUGAAGACGUUAAUAAUACUGCUACUAUUCAUGGUCGGCUCGGGUCCAGCCCAAAUGGUGCAGCAGAUGCUCGGCGCCCAGGUGAAGAUAACCGGCAUGCCGUUUGCCGUCUCAAAUGCCCAACAGCUAAAUCAAAUAGUUUGGACAAUGCUAGGAACGACUACGAAGGAGACCAUCUACUGCGUCUCAGAAGCUCCAGUCAGUCAACUACGAUUUGUCUGCAUUGA